ACCAAAACCAGAAGAAUGCAAAAGAAAAAAGAUGGGUUCUUCUCGAAAAUGGGCAAAAUCCAUUUCUUCAAUUGCUUCUCGUCUUUAUUUCCUUCUCAUAAUCUUUCAAGUCCCUCUCUUCAGGGUUCCAUGUCGAAGUGGAAUAUGCAUAAAUCCGGUCCAAGUAACUUCUUCUCAACUAAUAGCAAGUGAAAUCUUGCCUGUUUCAUGUGUGAAGAUCCUUCUUUAUCCAGGCGCAAUUGUGAAUGCUGUCAUCAAUGGUAUAAACAUUCCUAGUUAUGAUCAUCUGCUUGAAGUUUAUAACUUUACUCAUAUAAAAGAGGCUUCUGCAAUCAUUGAUCUUAGGCAUCUUGAGAUAUUAGCAGGAAGCUACUUCUGUGUAACCGGAGCAAUACUUGGUCUAUUGAAGUACACCAGAUUAAGCUUGUUUGGGAUGUUACUACUUAUCUGGGGUUUGAUUAAGGAAGUCAUUAAGCAAAAAUCAACUUGCUUAAACACUUGUCAGUUAACCCAAGUUUAUCCAAUCAUGUUAGUAGCUUUAAUUACGGCAUUAUCAUCUGUUAAAAGUGAUGUAAGAGUCAUAAUAAGAAGCUUUCAAGCUCACUAUUCUGCAACAGCAGCUGUUGAGAUGCAUGAACAUGUAAAGAAGAGGAAGAAAGAUAGGGAGAUGAAGAGGCUUGAAUGGAAUGUUAAUUAUGUUAACAAUAAUGCUAAAACUCCUAGGUCUACAAAAGUUGCACAAGAAGGCAUUACUAAUACAUUUUACUGAUCGAUUUUCACAACUUUUUUCUGUACUGUAUUUUUUUUAUCAUAUGGGUUUUCCAAAUUUUGCUUGAAUUACUAAGUUUUUUUUAUUGAUUAAGACUAGUCUUAUAUGCACACGAUGAUUGCAAAUAUAAAAAAC